GAAAUCAAAACACAACUACUUACAAGAAAGCUUUUUUUACCUCUCAUUUUCCCUCUAAUUUCAAGCUUUUUAUAUUAAAAAAAUGGGAAACAAAGCCUCCACAGCCAAAAUCGUCGAAAUUCACUCCAGCAGCGAGUGGACAGGUCACCUAGAGGCCUCCAAGCAAAGCAACAAACUGGUGGUGGUUGAUUUCUCGGCGACCUGGUGCGGACCCUGCAAAUUGAUGGAACCGGCGAUUGAAGACUAUGCCAAUAAGUAUGCUGACGUUGAGUUCCUCAAGAUUGAUAUCGACACUUUACCCGAUGUGGCUCGGGAAUUCAAAGUAGACUCGGUGCCGACAUUCGUUCUUGUUAAGAAAGGCACGGAGAUAUGCAGGCUGGUGGGAGCUAAAAAGACUGAACUCCACGAUCUCAUCGAGAAACACAGGGUUUUUAAUUAGCCAUCUUUUUCAGUUGGGAGAAUUAUGAGAGCAUAUAUAAAUAAAUAAAUACUGGCUGAUGAUGUAUAAGCAUUGCUGUGA